CUUCCGCCAGCCGCCCGCCUCGAAUUGCAGGUUUAUUUCCGCCAGCGUAGGUCACAUGAUCGGUCCCCUCCCAAGAUGGCGGACAAUCUGCCCUCGGAGUUUGAUGUGGUGGUGAUAGGAACCGGUUUGCCUGAAUCUAUCAUUGCAUCUGCAUGCUCAAGAAGUGGCCAGAGGGUUCUACAUGUUGACUCGAGAAAUUACUAUGGAGGAAACUGGGCCAGUUUUAGCUUUUCAGGAUUAUUGUCCUGGAUUAAGGAAAACCAGGAAAAAACUGAUGUCAGAGAGGACAGUGAAGACUGGAGAAAAUUGAUCCUUGAAACAGAAGAAGCUAUUUCUCUUAACAAGAAGGAUAACACCAUUCAGCAUGUAGAAUAUGUCUGCUAUGCUAGUCAGGAUUUAGCUGAAGAUGUUAAAGAAGCUGGUGCAUUGUCAAAGCUGCCUGCCUUUGGAGCUUCUGAUACUAGUGAGGCUGCUCAGGAGUCUGAAAAAGAGUGCCUGCCUGUGGAAAGCCAGUCAUUAGGGACCGAGAGCUGUGAAACAUCUCCAGAAAGUGUUACGUGUAAUGAUCUGGAGAGUACGACAGAAAGGAAGGAUGCAGAAAUGACCUCUGAGAGAGAGCACCUCUGUGAUGCAACUUUUGACCAGUCUGCUUUGGAAACAGGAAAAACAGAAAAUGUAUCAACUGCAGAAGCUGCUGCCUUGGAACCAAAGAAAAUUACUUACGCGCAAAUUGUUAAAGAAGGCAGGAGAUUUAAUAUUGAUUUAGUUUCCAAGCUGCUCUAUUCCCGGGGACUGUUAAUUGACCUCCUAACUAAGUCUAAUGUUAGCCGAUACGCGGAGUUCAAAAAUGUCACGAGGAUUCUUGCAUUUCAAGAAGGAAGAGUGGAACAGGUACCUUGUUCCAGAGCAGAUGUCUUCAACAGCAAAAAGCUCACUAUGGUGGAAAAGAGAAUGCUAAUGAAAUUUUUGACAUUUUGUUUGGACUAUGAACAACAUCCCGAUGAAUACCAAGAUUACAAGGAAUGUACAUUUUCAGAAUAUUUGAAAACCCAGAAAUUAACAUCUAACUUGCAGUACUUUAUUCUGCAUUCUAUUGCAAUGGUGUCGGAGGCUGACAGUGACACCAUAGAUGGGCUCAAGGCAACAAAGCACUUUCUUCAGUGUCUUGGCCGUUACGGCAAUACACCCUUUUUGUUUCCUUUGUAUGGUCAAGGAGAGAUCCCACAAUGCUUCUGCAGAAUGUGUGCCGUAUUUGGUGGAAUCUAUUGUCUUCGCCAUUCAGUACAGUGCCUUGUAGUGGACAAAGAAUCUGGACGAUGUAAAGCACUCAUAGAUCAUUUUGGGCAAAGAAUAAGUGCUAACUAUUUUGUGGUGGAAGACAGUUACCUUUCAGAGAAAACAUGCACAAAUGUGUGUUACAGGCAGAUCUCUAGAGCAGUGCUCAUUACAGAUCAGUCUGUACUGAAGACAGAUUCAGACCAGCAGAUUUCCAUUUUGACAGUGCCACCAGUGGAACGAGGGCAGCCAGCAGUUCGAAUCAUUGAGUUGUGUUCUUCAACCAUGACGUGCAUGAAAAACACCUACUUGGUUCAUUUUACCUGCUCAUCAACUAAAACUGCUAAAGAAGAUUUAGAGCCUGUUGUACAGAAGCUGUUCUCCCUAAAUGCUGAAACAGAGAGAGAGUCUGAAAAUGGAGGAGGACUGGGAAAGCCCAGAGUCCUAUGGGCAGUAUACUUCAACAUGAGAGAUUCUUCAGGCAUUGACAGGAAUUCAUAUGACUGUUUACCCUCAAAUGUCUAUGUCUGUUCUGGGCCAGAUUGUGCAUUAGGAAAUGACUAUGCUGUCAAACAGGCUGAGACACUUUUUCAAGAAAUGUUUCCUAAGGAGGAAUUCUGUCCACCACCACCAAAUCCAGAAGAUAUUAUCUAUGAUGGAGAUGGGACUCAGCCAGAAGACCCUGGAUUCAGUAGUUCAUCCAAUACAAAAACAGAGCCCUCGCCCAAGGAAAACAGUGAUGGAGAUAGCUGUAAAGUUUCAGAAGAACAUCAUGAAGAAUAGAACGUACUGAGAUUGAACCCAGUAUCGCUAUCAUCUCAGUGGAAGAGUUUGACUUAGUCGGGGGGUUAGUACAAACACUUGUAUUUAUUAUAUGUGAUCUUCUUACUUAGGUUGAAUAAUAUCUUACUUUUUAAGGAGCCUCAUUUGAUUUCGGUGGGACUGCUUAUAAUUGAGUAAUACUCAACCUGUCACAGGGAGGUUAUCAGAGCUGGAUCCAGAAUCAGAAAAUAAAACAUUUCAUUUUCAAAUCUGAUUUUAAUUUCCUUGAGAAGACUUUUUGUUUUUUAGUAAUGAUUCCUCCACCUUACAAACAGAGACACACUUCAAGAUUAUCAAUAGCAACAAAACUUGUGAGUUAGUUAAAUAUAAUUGACAAUGGGACAAAUCAUCUGCUGAUGUAAAUUGUAAUAGCUAUAUUGACUUCAAUUUACACCAGCUGACGAUCUGCCCCAAAAUCUUUCCCUCCUUUAAAUUGUAUAUAAGGAGGGAACAUUAGACACUAUUGACAGUUCUAGGGUGUUCAAGCAGAUAAACUUUUAUAUUUGCUGAUACAAGUCCUUCAUUUGAAGGCUGCUUUUAGAAUAGCUAAUAUCACAUUUACUUUGCUUAUGAAAAAUAUUCUAUACUAGUUUUUGAAAUUGGUGUCAUAGGUUCAUUAUUCAUAUUAAGCAGAAAUAAACUGUAUAUAAUAAAUACAUUGGUCUCAGUUGAAACCAAGUAUAUUAGUACUUAAAACAUUAAAAAGAUUUAAUACAUUCCUUUUUUGAUUGAUGUCAAGAAUUUAACUAUAUUUGCCAGUGACAUGACUUUUACAGUCUAGUCAGGAAGAAAAUAUAAUGAUUUAAAAUUACUGCUGGACUUUCUUACAUAAUUAAGAACCACCAGAAAUACAGCAUGUAUUGAGUCUCUGUAAAUAUUUUGUUUAAACAAGAUUAAGGCCCCAAACUUGCAUG